AUGAUGAUGACGAUGUGCCGUCUGCUGUGCGCCCUGUUGGUGCUCGCCCUGUGCUGCUGCCCGUCUGUGUGCAUGACAGCGAGUGAUGGCCACAAAUCCACCGAACUGAUUAAAUCGUCCUCUCAGUCACAAGUGCAAGGUGGUCUCGAUAAGGGACAGGAACCAGGUAAGGGCCCUGGUGCGGAAACGGAAAAUGGGAGGAGCGCUGAGGAAGGUUUAGGAAGUGAAGGAAUUUCUUUGCCAACGAAAGCGGCUGCGGCCAUCAGUGGACAGAAACCAGGUGCGUCAGUUAUGCCAGGGACACCAAUUCCGGCGAGCGAUAAUCCAGAGUCACCAGGCUUACCGAAUCAGUCCGCACAGACUCAAGAGGUGUUGCAGACAGGAAAUGUGAGGAGCGGUGAGGAAUUGUCGCAGAGUCAGGAAUCUACCCUGCCAAGGGCACCAGAGAAGUCUGUUGAGGCGACAACUACGACCACGACCACUACGACCGCUGCGCCAGCCACCACCAGCACCACCACCAGUACUACAACCACAGAGGCGCCAACUACGACGACCACCCGUGCACCGUCACAUAUUCGCAGAAUUGACGGCAGCCUCAGCAGCUCUGCGUGGGUGUGUGCCCCGCUGCUGCUCGCCGUAUCCGCGCUGGCGUACACCACUGUGGGCUGA